AAGCCAGCCUGGUUUCAGUCAGCGGCGCAGAUCCGUCGCGUACGUGCCGUUGAUUUGUUUGUUGCUAUACGUUGGUCGUUACUACUUGCUAGUAGUCGCGAAGACAACUCCGUAUUGGAUGUGAAUUAAAUUUUUAUAAAAAAUAUAAUUAGCGUUAAUUUUUAUUCAUCGAUGGUGAAAUAAUGAAUUUUUCAUGUGCUUCUUUGAAGUUUUAAGUCAGAUAGAAGAAAAAGUUAUUAAAAUAUUAUAUAUAAACACUGUUAUAGUGAAAAAUCAACAGAUACACAAUUAAGCUUCUUCAACUUUCUAUCAGAUGAAGUGACAAUGAUGUGUGUUAUAACCGUAAUAUGCAAUAUAAAAAUACAAUAUAUCAUGACAUUUCCUGUUCGAAAUAACUCUGAAUUGUUUAAAAAAAAUCAUCUCUUUUCAUGAACUUCUAGGCAUAAAAUAACUUUAAACUAGACAUAGAACAACUUUUAACUAGAUAUAAUAACUUUAAUAAUAACUUUUCUUAUGCGAGAGCUUAUCACGAACACAUCAUAUAGUUGAAAGUUGUGCAUUUUUCAUAAGAAUUUUAUCUAUUAUCUUAUUCUAAACUAGUUUUACAACAUAAUAAAAAAUAUUUUAAAAGGAUUUUUUUAUUCCUUAAAAAAUUAUGAAUUGAAAUUUUCUCGUAAUGUGCAUACACACUAAAGCUACAAAAAAUCCUGGUUAUUUCUUGAUUUUAUACAUUGGUAUGUUAUUUCUAUAACGAUGAACAGUUUUAAAUUGUGUAAAAUGAAAUAUUUGCACGCAUGAUUGCAUAUUGAAAUAAAGUGUGAAAUUUUACGCGAUACCAAAUGUUUUAGUGAUUUCGUCGAUAUUUACGGAUGUUCGAUAUGUUGGUGUCCAUCACACAAGACACUAUCAUAAAGUUCGAACUAGUUGAAAUUACAAUUAUAUGAAUCGCAAAGAAAAGAUGCUGAAAAAUAUGUUUCAAAUUGAAAUUAUGAAAUAAUUCAAUAUAUGAAAUAUAAUAAUAUAUAUACAAGAAGUUUAUAAUACUGUAUAAAAUAAUGUGACGGAUUUUAAAACGUUUGUAGUACACCUUUCAAUUUUAGAACGAUAUAGAAAAACUAACAAAUGAGAAAUAAAAUAUACGUUCGAAAAUACAAUUCCGUGAUAAGAACUCGAUGAAAAGGAACAUCUCAAAGUGACGUAAAAUACAGCGCAGCAAAAUAUUGCCGCGGACAUGAGCGUAUGAGCCAGCGACGAGAAAGGCAACGAGAAGACGACGAAAGAUCGAAGAGCACAUGCAACAAAAAAAUGUCGAUUCAAGGACACAAUUUGUCCAACAACCCGGUUACCACAGAGUAUUUCGGUGCUUCGAGGACCGACGACGACGACUUGCUGAUCAUUACCGAGCUUCCCCAAUUUUCUACCGUCACUUCCGGCAUCGCCAAUGUCACGUCGCCGGUCAUUCGACAAUCAUCAGGCCAAGCUAGCAUCUUGGAAAAUCUCAUUAUACCGCUAUACGGUACAAUCUUCUUCCUUUCCAUCGUCGGCAAUUCCUUGGUGCUCAUCACUCUGGCGAGGAACAAAAGAAUGCGCACGGUGACAAACGUUUAUUUGUUAAACUUGGCUAUAUCGGAUCUCCUACUUGGUGUAUUCUGCAUGCCGUUUACUCUUCUUGGUCAAAUUCUUAAGAAUUUUGUCUUCGGUCUUACGAUGUGCAAACUGAUACCAUAUUUUCAAGCUGUAUCAGUCUCUGUGGGAGUGUGGACAUUAGUUGCUAUAUCUUUGGAACGUUAUUUCGCCAUUUGCCGGCCGUUAAAGUCAAGAAGAUGGCAGACGCAAUUUCACGCCUAUAAAAUGAUCGCUGUUGUAUGGACACUUAGCCUCACAUGGAACAUGCCAAUCCUCGUCGUGUCGCGACUAAAAAGCUUACGUGGAGGAAGACGUAAGUGUCGCGAGGAAUGGCCAAGCGUUGGCUCCGAAAGGGCAUACAAUCUCUUUCUGGAUGGCACGUUACUCUUGGUACCAUUGCUACUCAUGAGUCUGGCUUACUCGCUCAUAGCGAUAAAACUUUGGCGCGGUUUGAAGCUUGAGAUACGGCAGUCAUCGACGCGUACGAAAAGACUCGGAAGAGCGGGUUUGAAUGCGACAAUGCGGGACUCAACUUACAACAAUAACAGUGAUCGUGGUGUAAGAUCGACGAUGGUGUUCGGUGCUUGUGGCCUAACUUCGAGAUCUCGUCGGGGCGUCUCAUCCUCCUCGAGACAUUUUCAAAGCGCGCCUCAAAGUGUACCAUCUAGGAAGGUGCGGUUACCACGGACGAUGGUCUCCAGGGUACUUACGGGCAACUGUCACCGUACAGAUUUGUCCCAGGGACCCAGAAUUCAGAUACGGGCGAACGGAAGCGGUUGUCUGACGCGGGAGACAAAGGAUAACUCUAACGAGGAUCAGCAGAACUCGAUCUGUCCGCUCAGCAGACAGCACGUGAUACGCAGUAAUUACAUGGGGAAGAGUAUCGAGGCGAAGAAGAAGGUGAUCAGGAUGCUCUUCGUGAUCGUGCUGGAGUUCUUCGUAUGCUGGGCGCCGUUGCAUGUGAUCAAUACGUGGUACCUCUUUGCGCCUGAUCUCGUGUACUCAGUGGUCGGAAGCACCGGCAUCAGCCUGGUGCAACUGCUGGCUUACGUCUCCAGCUGCUGUAAUCCCAUCACGUACUGCUUCAUGAACAAAAAAUUUCGUCAGGCAUUCCUCGGACUCUUUGACUGCCACCGUUGCUGGAGAGUAAGUUGCAGGCACAAUGACGUUGCAAUGGCGACCACCGCGAAUGCCGGGCAAACUGGUAAUAACAGCGAAUUAAGCGGAAACGACUCAGCGAUGUAUCUUGGUAGAGCGUCUCUCGUCGCCAGAUCAGAGGUGGUACGGUUGCUAAAGGAGGAAGAUCGCGUCUAGUAUAGACCGUGCAAAUUAUACAACGAAGCGGCACUACUAACUGCUUGUAUCUUCGCUUUAAUUCAGUCGGAUGAACUAUUUCUUCUGAUGAUAUUCUCUGGGAACUGGCCAUUGAAGAAUCACUUGUCCUGGAGACGGUAAGGAACUCGUGUACGUCGACGCAUCUCAUUGCUCACCGAGAUCUUUCUGCAUGGACAAUCUCAACUUCUUUCAUUCGACUAAAGAGAGAAACGUUGACGUGUUUUCAAUGUUUCGCGAAGUGUAUAUCUCUGAUCUCUGAUCUAACGAAAAUAUCAGAACUUGUUCUCAUGUGUAGUUUUUAGACAAUUUAUAAAAAUUGAGACAUUCACGAAAAAGGUUGUGUUUCCCCGAAUCAUCAUCAAGCAUCAUCUUCGAGUUCUAAUCGAUUAUUCACACGUUGUACAUACGUAUUUACGUAUUUGAAUCAUACAUACAUCGGAUGAGUGAGGAAAUAAUGUGGCAGUCUUUCAAUAAAAAUCGAUUAGUUUGCAUCCAGAAGGUAUGUAUCUAUUCAAUUAAAUAAUUGUUCUUGUUUUUGAAAAUUCCUUGUAAAAUAAUACAUUAUAUUGCCAUUAAAUGGUACUUGCGAUGUUAUCUAUUGAAGUAUCGCCAAUAAUCUUCUGAUUCAUUUAUAAUAAUAUGUAUGUGUGCGUGUGCGUGUGUCCGUGCGUGCAAUAGUUCAAAAAAUUAAUCCCACUAACAUUUUUGUAUAAAUUAAACAGAUAAUAGAUGAAAACCUUACAUUUUGUUUUUAUUUUUAAAUGAAAUGAAAAAUCCGUUUAUCGUAUUAUAUCUAACAAAUUGGCAAUCUAUGAGAUUAAUAAAAUUAAUUUGUCAAGAACUCGUGCAGUUUAUAAUCGAUUGACAUGUCCAACAGAGAUGAUGAAAGCGAAUGUAUUUCAAAAUCUUUAAAAUAAUAUUAUAUUUUUGCACCGAUUCUUACUCAUUAAGUAUAUUAUAACAAUGUAGUCUUUGUCAUGUUAAAUAUCUAUAGCAUCGCAAAAAAUGCUAUUCUCGAAAGAUUAAUAAUUAAUUUUACGAGAUAAUACUUCAUGUGCUUGCAUGCAGAAAGUGACAAAACGCUUUGGGUACUUUCGCGGGCAAGCUUAACGCAAGUCUGUAAAGUAUAUAUUUAUCCGGCGAAUAUAAUUUUAUCUGAAAAUCAAAUAUGCCAUCCCUGGCUUAAUCGCUGAUUCAUGUUAUUUUAAUUAAUUUUGUGAAACAGUUUUAUAAUUAAUGUUUGCAGACACAUGCUCAAUUAUCAGAUACUUCAAGCUAAUUGCAGCUUCUGAACAUAAUACAGAUUUAAUCCGAUAGCUUUUUAAUCAAAAUUAUAAUUAAAAGUUUUAACGAAAUCUGCAGAAAAAUAUUACGCUUCAAAAAUAUAAUAUUCGAUAUAAUAUAAUGUUCGAGAAUUUUUGAUAAAAUCUACAUUAAAUUCAUGUGCGAAUGCCACGCGAGACAUAUAAUGCACGUACUUUUCAUCGUACAGAUCUAUAAUACAUUUGUUGCGUGUAAUACGCCUUCUGUUUCUGUGUAUAUAGCAUAUUUUAUGAAUUGUGGCAUUCAAAACUUACUUGACUUUUAUUGAAUAUAUUUAUUAUUUUAAUGCCUCUUUUCUUGUAUCUUGAUUCCAUUGAAUAUCAUGUAUCUUGACAUUCAUAUCACAGUAAAAAAUUUUUCAGCUACCCUUAUCAAGUUAUUAAAAUAUGUAACGGCGUUGUAAGUUAGUUGCGCAAAAAUAUAUAUUGUUCGUAAAAUAAAAUUCAUGGCCUUUUAUAUUCUUCUGAAAUACUUAAGAAACAUCCGUAACUUCUUCGUUCAAUGAAAUGAACAUAAUGAAUUAGAAUUAAGAUUAAGUUUAGAUAGAAAAUGUGGACAAGAAAAUUUAAUAAACUUUUUCAAGCAUGA